AUGAUCAAACAGGGGUUUCACUCGCAGUCCUCGCUGCCACCGGAUGCCAUGGACAUCAUCCGCACCAAGACCCAGGCCCGCCGGGUGAGACUCAACGUCGGGGGUCUCCUUCAUGAAGUCCUGUGGAGGACGCUGGACAGGUUGCCCCGCACAAGACUGGGCAAACUGAGAGACUGCAACACCCACGACUGUAUCAUGGAGAUAUGUGACGACUACAGCUUGGAGAACAAUGAGUACUUUUUCGACAGACACCCCGGUGCCUUCACCUCCAUUCUGAACUUCUACCGCACGGGAAAGUUGCACAUGAUGGAGGAGAUGUGCGCUCUGUCCUUCAGCCAAGAGCUGGACUUCUGGGGCAUCGAUGAGAUCUACCUGGAGUCCUGCUGCCAGGCCAGGUACCACCAGAAAAAGGAGCAGAUGAACGAAGAGCUGAAAAGAGAAGCUGAGAGCAUGAGAGAAAGGGUCGGAGAGGAGUUUCCAACCACAUGCUGUUCUGAAAAGAGGCAGAAACUUUGGGACCUUUUGGAGAAGCCCAGCUCAUCAUUCGCUGCCAAGAUCCUGGCAAUUAUAUCCAUCCUCUUCAUUGUGUUGUCUACAAUUGCCUUGUCUCUGAACACCCUUCCAGAGCUGCAGGACACAGAUGAGUUUGGUCAAUCCACAGACAACCCGCAACUGGCCCACGUGGAAGCUGUGUGUAUUGCCUGGUUUACCAUGGAGUACCUGCUCCGCUUCCUCUCCUCUCCGAACAAGUGGAAGUUUUUUAAGGGUCCUCUGAAUAUCAUUGACCUGCUGGCCAUCUUGCCCUAUUACGUCACCAUUUUCCUGACAGAAUCCAACAAGAGUGUGCUGCAAUUUCAGAACGUCCGCCGUGUGGUUCAGAUUUUCCGGAUCAUGCGAAUCUUGCGAAUUCUGAAGCUGGCUCGUCACUCCACAGGUCUCCAGUCUCUGGGAUUUACUCUCAGGAGGAGUUAUAAUGAGCUGGGCCUGCUUAUUCUCUUCUUAGCCAUGGGCAUCAUGAUAUUCUCCAGUCUAGUUUUCUUUGCAGAAAAAGAUGAAGAGGAUACCAAGUUCAAAAGUAUCCCAGCUUCCUUCUGGUGGGCUACCAUUACCAUGACAACUGUUGGCUAUGGAGAUAUCUACCCAAAAACUCUGUUGGGAAAGAUAGUUGGGGGUUUGUGCUGCAUCGCUGGAGUACUGGUGAUAGCCCUGCCUAUCCCCAUCAUCGUGAAUAACUUCUCUGAGUUCUACAAAGAGCAAAAGAGGCAGGAGAAAGCCAUUAAAAGAAGGGAGGCGCUCGAGAGGGCUAAGAGAAAUGGUAGCAUCGUUUCUAUGAACAUGAAAGAUGCAUUCAGCCGCAGUGUAGAGCUCAUGGAUAUAAUGGUGGAAAAAACUGAUGAAAAGAAGGAGAAGGUGCUAGAUAAUCACGUUCCUCCUAGUCUAGAAACAGAGACACCUAAACUCAAGUCACAAGUGAGCCCGCACAGCCCAAACAAGACCCUUGAAUCGAGUUACCAAGAGCAGGCCAAACCAUCAAGCAGUCCUCAGCAUCUUAGCGCACAGAAACUGGAGGAAACGUACAACAAGAUGACUGGGGUUCUGUCACAACACCUCAAAAAGAAAAAAGGCCUACCGCCCAAAAUAGUUAGGCAGAGAGCUGAAUUAGAGAUGGAAAUCAUCCCCACUGAAGCCAUCUCAAGCAAAACAGAGACAGUUGCAGACAUGAGGAGCAUGUCCAGCAUUGACAGCUUCAUCACCUGCGCCACUGACUUCCCUGAAAGCUCUCGUUUUUCACACAUCCCCAGCAUACUAGGUAGAGUCAGCACCAAUCCCAGCCUGGAACCCACCUUGGAGAAUGAGCAUGAAGGAUCCCAGGGCAACAACACACCCGUGACAGGGCGAGGCUCCAAGCUGGGCCCUUACUCUGACAGGCCCAGGGCUCUGCACUCAAACAACCCACUCAAAAGCCACUCGCUCAAUGUUAACUUCAGAGCUGGGGAAGAUUCAGGGACAGGGGCCCUCUCAGACAGCUCAGUCCAGAGCCAUGAGGCGUCCGCUUACACAACUGCCAGAAGCAGGACUCCCAGCAAGAGUCCGGAGAAUGUACUGCCCAACAGCCUCUUCACAUUCCACGACGCUUCCGUCAAUAAAUUCAUAGAUGCUGACACAGAUGAGGAAGAGCACAUGAAUGAGGGUUCAGGCAACAACACAUCCCAAAGACUCAUGGAAAAAGCCAGCCAUCACUCCAGCUUCCAGCAAGGUCCCAACCACACAGAGGGUCUGCAGAGGAGGCUGGGAAACAGAAAACUGCCGCUGGAAGGACAGGAGAACCAUGUGGCUCAGGAACUACAGCCACUUCAGGGAGAGAACAGCCACUCUAAAGCUUAACGUUACAAUAAGUGAGAGACCAUAGAGGAGGAAGUAGUUAAGGAAGUACGAAGUUAAGAGGCACAGUGAACUCAGAAAACUCCCAAAAAUAUGAAAGGCACUGAAAACAUUUGCAGGAACAUUUAUAUAAUUAAAACUUCUUCUCCCAUGAAAAUAGUUUUGGACAAUGGGAAAGACUUUCGCUCUUUGCUCUUGAACUUUUCCCACUAAGGACUCUUGAUUUACCUUAUUAAAGAGAGGACUGUAAUAGGUUUUAAAAUGUGUGUAUAGAUUAGAUCCUCAUAUUAUGAUUCCAGCCUAGUUGUAAGAGUAUAUGAUAUAACUUUUAUAAGCAAAUCCUAUUUUUCUGACAUCCAUACCACUUUAAAGCCACAAUAGCAGAAGCUGUCCAAACAGUAGCAAACAACAAAGGGCAUUACAUCAAAACGAGUGAUUUAGCGGAGAUAAUGAAUAUGUUGUUGUGUGAAGGGGGAACUGACAUUUGACUUUAUGGCAGUAUAUAAUUGGCAUAAGGAAUUAUGUUGGAAAAUGUUUAUUUUUGCUUCAUUUAACUUCAUUUCUUUAAACUGGCCUUAGUUAAUGUUCUCACCCUGAUUUGUGUUGUGAUAAAAGAGAAGCACAGAAAGAGAGAUAAAUAUACUAAACAGUAUAAUAAUUAUGAUGUAGCGUUCUUGAUCUAUUAAGUGUGAACGUCAUGGAGAUUAAGUAUUUCAUUCUGAGUUUGAUGUCGCUCAUAUUUUUUACUGCACAGAAAAUCUUUUUAGACAACACGCAGAGACACUGUGAGGCUGUAUCCAUAAAUGUUUCUUUUGGUUGCCUUCUGCAAGCAAGAGAGAGCACCUUAAGAUGAGGAUUAUUUGUUAUUAUGAACACAGAAACAAACCUCUUUAUUCUUGUUUGUGAUGGUAUUUGUGUUGAUGACAUCAAAGUUUGAAUCUAAAGUCUAAUCUUUUAUUUAUAAACUUUCUCAAAUGUGUUUUAGAGGAGAUAUCAUUCCUAUUGUAGCUGAUAAUCUUUAUAUUAAUCGACAGUGCUUAUGAGCUGCAAAGACAGCAUUACAAAUCAAUGGGAUUUUCUAUGUGUGGAUAUUGAACAUGUAUAAUUACAAGAGCAGAAUAUGAGAAAGAAAUGUAUCGUACAAGGUGAAGAAUGAAAAUAAUUUAUAUUUUUAAGAUAUUUUCUAAAACAAUAGAAAAAUAUAUUGUAUUAAUCUUGCAGUUUUGCAUUUAGAUGUAGUAUGUAUGGCAUAGUUUUUGAUGGAGUUGCAUCUGUAAGGCAAUAUACUGUAGUAGAUGAAUUUGUUUUGUUAUCUACUGUCUCCUCCUAAAUGUCUGUCCCUCUCUUCUUUGUGCAAUGUGAAGAACCAAAGAACUGUUCUUUCUGAUAACUCGUAGAUAAUGAUAAGUUUUACUGUUUUACUUAAAAAGUGUAACAAAUAUAAGCAUUCCUUUUCAAAAUCUGACAUAAUUCAGGGAGCCAUACUUGCUCAUUUGGUAACAACAUGUAAGACAGCUGUUGACAGGAAAUGCAGGAGGAACCUAGCACUUUAUUUUACAUUUAUUUUGAAAGCUAAUUUGAUUACUUACACACUUGGAUCUCGGCAAAUGGUCUCCUUUCAGAGAUCCACAACUUCACACUCAUAUGAGUUAAAUAAUAAAGCACCUUGCAGCUACAUACAGCGAGGGGACGCAAACAGCAUGGAGGUCCCAUGUAGGCCGCUCCUAUGUAUCCAACUCCAAACACAUGACCAUCCGGUGCUCUCAUGUUCCUUGUAACAUGCAAAUAUGGUUUAAUAGCAUUUCUUAUUUAUAAAAUGCAAGCAUGCUACAAAGCAUUUAUUUUCAGUAGUAAGUCUUUACACUAAAGACACUUUAGAUCACUGCACAUAGCAUGAGUUAGACAUUUCUGUGCCUUUGCUUUAAACACACGCCUGCCCUGCACACCGAACCUGACAGUUUCUGACAGCCCAAAUGACAAUUAAACAAACUGUACAGCAAAAAAACACCAACAGAACUGGGUCAUCGAGUUGUCAGACUGCUAUGAAAGAUACAACCCUCCCUCUGAUGUCUUUCCUGUACACCUAAACAGUUACGUGAAAAAGACCCAAUCCGCAAAAACAAGCAGGUGCAGACCUACUAAGCGGAGUGAACGUCCACUGUUUCCAUGGUGAUGGUUGAGAUGACUGGAUGGCUGGGAUUCGAUGCAAGCAUGUAGCCUAAUUUGUACAGACGGGCUCCUUAAAGACUCAAUAUACAUUAUUAAUAUACACAGUGUUUACAUUGUGUUCAUGAAUACAUUGAGGCACUCUGUCGUAUGUUUUUCACUCCUCACCUGUGGCUUCAGUCUGGUGAAUUCUUAAUUAUCUAACAAAUAUGUUAAAGCAAACUGGAUUCUAGGCCUUUAAGUCAGACUGCACAUCAUCCCUUUAUGCAACGUUUAGUUUUUCAUGGAAACACUGACAAAUCUAGGAAAUUGCAAUAUUGAAGGUAGAGACAGAGAGAGGAUUACAGCUGACCCCCCGAAUGAUGGCUGCAGCUUCACAUUCAAAACUGAUACUCUUAACUCUCUAAAUUAUUUUUUUUUAAUUCCCUCAGACAGAAGAAUUUCCAUCAGUGUAUCAUGUAUAAAGUAAUGCUGCCAGAUUACGCACACUGUUGUGUUCUUCCAUUACCUCGAGUGUUUUGUGCAGGGUGACGGUGCAGAAAUGGCAGUUGGGUUGAGGCAUCCUUUUGAGGAUGUGUUCAUUUCUGUGAUUCUAUAAAUACCAUCCUUGGCAUGAAAAUAAAGAGUCUGGGCCAGAAGGAAAGGCUCAGUUACAACAAUUUCUGGUCAGAUUGGGUGAUGGAGGAACAAACUUUGUAACAAAACCCUCUGGUAAAUGGGAGGCUUCGACAGCUUAAGUUGAAAUACACAAACAGUCACUGGUGCGUGGGAUUUGUUACAGCAGAACCCUAAACGCCGCAUGGUAAUGGGAUAAAAAUGUCAAACUACAAGAUGACUUUCAAUAAUGAAGGCAUAACAAACACCAGAAAAGACUAAAUGGGUGAAAAGGGAGCUUGUGUUACACAGUGAAACCUCAUUAAUAUUCAUCCAACAACAGUCACACAUGCAGUAAAUGCCGACUAAUUGGAAGUAAGCCUCUUGUCAGGGUGGACUUAGUUCCAAAUAAGCCAUGGUCAAUGUUAUUGCUUACAAUUAUUUAUUUCUGUUGGAUGAAGAACAACAGUGUCCUUAUUGUUUCUUUUUAUACCUUUCCUUCUUGUUUUCUAAACUGCACUUUAUUUAUUGGUCUUUUUUAAAAUCCUCUGCUUUCUAGUAAACCUGCGUAUGAAAAAGGCUCAAAUACGAUUUCCGAAAGCACAAGGUAGAAUUUCAAUAAGUAUUUAUGUUUUUCUCUUUAAGCACAAUACAUCACAUUAGAGUUCAAAGCCAAAUAUAGACACAUCAUUUAGUUUUCCGAAUCUUCCCUCUUUUAGAGGGAGUUAUUCACGCCUGUUUUUUUUUUUUUUUUGCUUACUGUGAGUGAGGUUUGUUUUAUAAAGUUUCAUUCUCUGUUCCAGUUGACUUCAUAGACUUAUUACCUUUGUGGUUUCCUGUUGUUCAACGCAUGUAGCGCUAUUAAACUUUGACACACAAAAAUUGUAAAUAUUAUCAAUAAGAAGCUAUAGGAAAAUGUCUAUGAUCAGAAAUGUCGAAACAACUUUCUCAUUUUACUGACGGAUACUUAAUAAAAUAGAGUAAACCAGUGUUAGUGCCUCAAUCAUUUAACUGAAAUGUGCUUUCCUAAAAACCACUGAGAACACAUACCAGGAAUGUAAUGCAUGAGCUAACAGUGAGAAUGUGCAGCUGCUGCGUGUGUUAUACAACAGCACCCUCCAGUGUUCUGUAUUCAAUCAAAAGAUGUUAUAGUUGUAAGGGAUGCCACAAACAAUUAUUUUCAUUAUCAAUUACUCUAUCAAUUAUCUCACAAAAACACAGAGAAAUGGCCCUCUGAAUUUCUUACAGCCCAAAAACAACAUUUUAAGUCUCUUGUUAUGACUGAACAGUCCAACAAUAUUACAUCUUAUAAAUAUAAAACUAACCCAGUUUUAUAAGUGUAUAUACCGCCUCAUAAUAACUCAUUAUUCUUUAAGUAAGUGCACUUUAAAAGGAAGGUAA